AUGGAAGCUUCAAUGCCUGCAGGUCUCAGUCCGUCUCAAAGACUACAAGUGAUUGGCACUUCAAUAUACUCGCAAUGUACGGCAACAGCACAGUCUUUGGCGUGGUCACUGCUCGGCCAAAAGAGGAAGUGCGAUGAUCUUGAGGGCGACGACCACAACAACGAGGAAUCGAUAAACGAAUCAGAGUCAGCCUCGCCUUGCCGACAAUUGCGAAAGCGCACUCGAAUCUCUUACGCAGAAUUUGCCGAGUCCGACGUCGAAAGUGAUGCAGACUCGGGCUACAGCUCCGAUUCAUCUGUUGACUGGGCCUCUCCCUCGAAGCAGACUAAGCCUAAGCGCGCACGCAAGGAAAAGCCUGUGAAGGUCUUCCCUUUCUUGUCUUUGCCUAGCGAGUUGCGCAACAAGAUUUACUCGUUGGCCCUGGAGGACCCCGAUGGUAUGGUCUUGCAUGAAGGCUGGCGUGCCACAUCGUCGCGCAACCUAGUAUACUCGGAUCAGGGCUAUCACAGCCAAGAAGGGCAGGCUUCAUGCACGUUGAUCCCGUCCCUACUUGCUGUGAACAAGCAGAUCUAUGCCGAAGCAGCAGCGAUACUCUACUCACAACCUCUUCACUUCGUCAACACGACGGCUUUACACAGCUUCCUAGCGCCCUUGAGCAACCAAACUGGGUCCCUCAUCCGCAAAAUAACCAUCCACAACUAUGAAAACUGGGGUCGUGGAGUAAGAAAGGCAAUGAACGUCUCAGCAAUGACUCUUCUUCGCAGCUGCAGCAAUCUCGAAACGUUGCGUAUCGAAGGGUUUUCAAAUUACUACUGGCACGGCCGGUACUGGAACAAACCAACUACCCAAAAAGCCGGUAAAAUCGAGGGCACUGGCAUAGCACAGCAGAUAUAUCGUGAUGCUGCUUUCUGGUUCGAUACUAUGGGGGCCGAAAGGGCGCUGCGAGUAUUGGAUAUAUCUGGCCUUCAACGUGACACAGGGGAUGCCAAUGACGAGGAAGCACUGAGAAUUGCCAAUGUCGUUUUUGUCGAAGAGUUGACCGCGCUGAUCAACAGAAAGGGCAGAGGCAUGAAAAAGAGCAGAAAACCCAAGGCCACUCGUGCAUAG